UAUUAUUAAAUAUGAUAAAUUAGUUAUUUAACAAUAUAGUUGGUAGUUUGAUACUUAGAUAGGUAAUUUGUAGUUUAACUUACAGAAAUUGAAAUACAGCAUUUUUAAGUUUUCAUCAUAGAAUAAAGAUAUUUUAUUAGUAUAAAAAUUCACCAUUUUAUAUUAAAUUAUUAGUUUUAAUCAUGUUAUUAAACGUUUCCAAAAAUAUGUCGCUGACAAAAAUCAUUUCAAGAACAUUCAGCAUAACUACAACUAGGCAUAAAAUAAUUAAAAUUCAAGAUCAAGACGAUUUCAAUACACAAGUACUAAAAAGUAAAGAGCCUGUGGUGAUAGAUUUUUUUGCAACAUGGUGUGGACCAUGUAAAAUGUUACUUCCUCGAAUUGAAAAAAUAAUAGAAGAACAUAAUGGUACAAUUCAUCUUGCAAAAGUUGAUAUUGAUGACAACGCUGAAAUUGCCAUGGAAUAUGGUGUAUCAGUAGUACCAGAACUAGUUCUAAUGAAAGAUGGCAAAGUUCAAGGAAAAAUGAUUGGACUACAAGAUGAAGAUAAACUUAAACAUUUUGUCUCAAAGUUAACUGAACCUAGUAUAGAAAAAAAAUAAUAUAUUAAAUUUGUGAAAUUAUACAUUAGUUAAUUGGAUUCA